AUGCAGACCGCCAUCUGUCUCAGGGAGACCUCCUCAGGAGACCCACCCAGGCUGUGCACUUCACUACCAUUUAGCUCAAUGUGGCUGGGCAUAGCCUCCUUCGGGGUCCCCGAGAAGCUGGGCUGCGCCAACCUGCCGCUCAGCAGCCGCCAGAAGGAGCUGUGCCGGAGGAAGCCCUACCUGCUGCCCAGCAUCCGCGAGGGCGCGCGCCUGGGCGUGCAGGAGUGCCGCCGCCAGUUCCGCCGCGAGCGCUGGGACUGCCGCGCCCCCGCCGCCGGCGCCCCCUUCGGCUACGAGCUGAGCAGCGGCACCAAGGAAACGGCGUUCAUCUACGCGGUGAUGGCUGCGGGCCUGGUGCACGCGGUGACCCGGUCCUGCAGCGCAGGCAACAUGACCGAGUGCUCCUGCGACACCACCUUGCAGGGCGGGGGCUCGGCCAGCGAAGGCUGGCACUGGGGGGGCUGCUCCGACGACGUCCAGUACGGCAUGUGGUUCAGCAGGAAGUUCCUGGACGUCCCCCUCCGAAACGCCACGGGCAAGGAGAGCAGAGUGCUGUCAGCGAUGAACCUGCACAACAAUGAGGCUGGAAGGCAGGCUGUGGCCAAGCUGAUGUCGGUGGACUGCCGCUGCCACGGCGUGUCCGGCUCCUGCGCCGUGAAGACCUGCUGGAAAACCAUGUCCUCCUUUGAGAAGAUCGGCCACUUCCUGAAGGACAAAUACGAGCACAGCGUUCAGGUCUCGGACAAAGUAAAGAGGAAGAUGCGCAGGCGAGACAAGGACCAGCGGAAAGUGCCGAUCCGCAAGGAGGAUCUGCUCUACGUCCACAAGUCCCCCAACUACUGCGUGGAGGACAAGAAACUGGGGAUCCCGGGGACGCAGGGCCGAGAGUGCAACCGCACGUCGGAGGGCGCGGGCGGCUGCAACCUCCUCUGCUGUGGCCGCGGCUACAACACCCACGUGGUCAGGCACGUGGAGAGGUGCGAGUGCAAGUUCAUCUGGUGCUGCUACGUCCGCUGCAGGAGGUGCGAGAGCAUGACCGACGUCCACACCUGCAAGUAG